UGAAGGCUCGACGGCGGAAGCGGCGCCGGCGGCGGCGGCGGCGGGGCCGGCAGUGAGAAGAAUGGGCUCCAUGUCGGAGGAACUCAGCCUGGUCCCUCUGCACCGGAGGCCGGAGCUGCUGGAGGCCUGCGCCAAGCUGCUGGGCGAGGAGUGGGGGAAGAGCCGGGCGUCGCGGCUCCACACGCUCCAGCGCUCCUCGGAUGCCUUCCCCAUCUGCCUGCUGCUGCUGCGGAGCCGGGGCCCUGCCGAGGCCCUCGCCGCCCGGGAGGGUCCCUGCCAGCUCGUGGGCCACGUCCGGCUCUCCCGCGUGGCCGGCCGUCCCCGCGACCUCUUCGUGGAGAGCGUGGUGGUGGCCCGGGCGCUGCGGGGCCAGGGCUACGGGCGGCAGCUGAUGGAGGCCACCGAGCGGUGGGCCCGGGCCCGGGGCUUCGGCUGCCUUCAUCUUACCACCCACGACAAGCAGCAUUUCUAUGCCCACCUGGGCUUCGUCCUGGGCGAGCCGGUGCAGAGCGUGGCCUUCCUCAGCCCCGCCAUACCCGCCGAGGUGCUGCGGCUCUUCUCCGCCCCUCCUGGCACUGCCACUGCCACCGCCACCAGGCCAAGGGUGCCCUCUGCCCCCCCCCCUCCCCUCCCGCCCCCCGCCGCUCCCCCCCCCCCCCCCCCGCCAACCGUGAUCUGGGCAAGGGGAGUCCUGGCCGAGAGCAGCGGGCAGAGCCUCCUGGACACCCCCCACCGCGAUGCCAAAGGGCUGCCCAUCUUCUGGAUGAAGAAGGACAUCUGAGGGGCCGGGGCCCCGAGCCGGUGAUUAAAAGCAGUGCGGGCAGGGGCUGCCUGCCCCGGU